CCUCCGCUCGGCCCAAGAUGGCGGCGCCCGUUUGCGGUCUGAGGCUCCGGCCGCUGGUGCUGUCCUGGAACUGGGAGCUGCCAUGCGUCUGGCGCGCCCUGCACACCUCCGCGGCCUGCGCCAAGAACCGGGCGGCCCGAGUCCGAGUGGGCAAGGGGGACAAACCAGUGACCUACGAGGAGGCUCACGCGCCGCACCACAUCGCCCAUCGUAAGGGCUGGCUGUCGCUGCACACAGGUAACCUGGAUGGGGAGGACCAUGCUGCAGAGAGAACAGUGGAAGAUGUUUUCCUUCGUAAAUUUAUGCUGGGCACCUUCCCAGGCUGCCUGGCCGACCAGCUUGUUCUAAAGCGCCGGGCUAACCAGGUGGAGAUCUGUGCCCUGGUCCUGAGGCAGCUACCUGCACAUAAGUUCUACUUCCUUGUGGGCUACAGUGAGACUCUGCUGUCCCACUUUUACAAGUGUCCCGUGCAUCUGCACCUCCAGACUGUGCCCUCAAAGGUUGUGUAUAAGUAUAUCUAGGACAACCCACCUGUUUGCAUCAAACUGUAGCCUGCAAAGGACAGAAACUUGUGGAAAAGGACUGAAGUAGAAACAGGGGAAAUGCAUCCCCUCAGACUACUGAGGCUUUGUCUUCAAAGUUGGCUGUUGAAUAAAUAGACUCUCCAUGUUGUGUUGCUUCUUGGUCUGCCUAGAGAACUAGAAUAGGGUUUCUUUGAGGAUGCUCCAGGGUUCCCAGGAAGGCUGCCAGCUCCUGAGGUUUAGGCAAUAGCUAUGGUUCAAUGAGUAUCUUGUGCCCAUCACUGUGUCAGGAACUUUACCUGAAGUUCUUUGUUUUCUCUUAAAAUGGAAAGAGCCAUUUUUGGAGAUUAUAAAACAACGUGGACAUGUAUUAAAUCAGCCGUGAAGCUUACUUGUAAUUCUACCCCAGAGAAAGCUACUGUGUACAGUUUGUUGUAAUUCCAGAUGUACUUUUAUUCCCCCAGAAAUAAUGUAGCACACAGUCAUCUAUUAAACAAGCUUAACUGCACCUGGUCUGUGCCAGACACUCUUCUAAGUAGCUUGGAACCCAUCAAUGACCAAAACGUUCCAUUCCAAGAUCCAUGCCUUCGUAAUACUUGUAUCCCAGUGGAGGGGGACAAGGAGGGUUGGGCCGCAUUGAAGGCUCCAAGCAGGUGAGGAAUAUAGAUAUGCAGGUAAAUGGAGGAAGAACAUUUCAGAAAGUGGCAUCUGCAAAAGCCACACAUGGUGCUGGGAAUUGGGACAGGGAUUGCUCACCUUCAACUUCACCCCGACACUGAUGACCUUCACCUUGACCAUGAUCCCGGUACCCUUAACUUGACCUUGAACUUUAACACACCCACUCUAAUCCUAACCUUUGAUCAUCCCUGAUCCUACCCACAACUUGACCUUUACCCUCAGUCUCACUCUUACCUGAGGGUGCCAACCAGGCCCCACCCCGCCCCAAUCCUGUCUCCAGUGCUAGCUGACUGACUCGCCAUGACCCUGACCCUGUGUCCCUCACAUUUAUGUAACCCUGACUCGCAGUCAGAAACUUGACUCAAGACUUCAUCCUAACACUGUCUCGACCCUUACGGUGACCCUAACUCAUCCUAACUGGUAACGCUGAUGCUUGCUUUGACAGAUUAUGCGCCUCAUCCAAACUCUUAUGACCUUGACUGUGACCUUGACCUUGAAACUCAGCCAUCACCCAGACCCUGUCCCUCACACAGAUCUGACCCUACUCUUGACCCUGACCAUGACCCUGUUCUUAGACUCAACAAUCCUGAAGUUGUCAUUCAGACCCUGAGACUCACCCCGAUACCCUGAUGACAAACCUCAACCUGACUUUGAUCCUCACCCUGACCCUUCUGACCUUCACUCUCACACUGACCCUCACACUCGGUCUGCUCCUGGACCUGGCUUUUCAUCUGAGUUUGACCCUCACCCUGUUCCACGUUUGCAUCAUAAUACUGACUCUGACCAGGUGUUCUGACCCUCACCCUUACACUGACUGUGACCUUGACUGAACCUCAGCUGGACUCGAUUAUGUCCCUGACCCUCAUGACCCAGAUCCACCCAUGUACUGAAUCUUAUUCAAAUCCUCAAUCUGACAUUGGCCCAAUCCUGUACCUGACUGUGACCCUUAGGCUCACCUUUGCCUUGAUAUUGACUCAUCCAGACCUUGACCCUGAUCCUUUUUAAUUUAAUUGAAAUACAUUGGACAGGUAAAGUUAUAUAAGUUCAAGGUGUACAACAUGUUAAUUUAAGGACAUUGUUAUAUUUUAAUGUGAUUGUAGCAAUAAUUAGCACCUCUAUCUCAUUACAAAAUUAUCCUUUUUAGUAGUUGGAAAAAUUGUUAUAGUCUCUUAGCAACUUUGAUGAUUUUAAUAUUUUUGUCCCUAUUGUACGGUACUAAGCAUUAUAUCUGUAGGGCUUAUUUACUACUUGUAAAUGUGUACUCUCAACAUCUGUCCCCCCACGCCCUCAUCCCCUGCUGAUCACUUUUAUUCUGUUUUUAAAAAUUUAGCUUUCUUAAAUUGUACAUGUAAGUGAUGUCAUACUGUCUUUCUAUGUCUGCAAGUCCAUCCAUGUUGUCGUAAAUGGCAGAAUGUCCUCCUUCCUCGAGGCUGAAUAAUAUUCCAGUGUGUGUGUGUGUGUGUUUGUGUGUGUGUGUGUGUGAGAGAGAGAGAGAUUUUUUAUCCAUUUGAUGAGUACUUAUAUUGUUUCCAUGUCUUGGCUAUUGUGAAUAAUCCUGCAAUAAAAAUAGGAGUGCAGAUGUC